CGCCCAACUGGUCGUCGCCCAAUUGUGAUCGUGUGUGCUGCUUGUGCAGCGCAGCUGCUAUGGGCAACGGGCUGGAAUAUUCUCACGCCUCCAGUUUUGCUGCAUUACCCACUGCAUUUCGGUACAGUUUUCACCAGGCUGAUGCAGCCGAUGCUGUUGCUGCCAGAUUUUCUCACCAAGUCGAUGCGGCCGAUCCUUUUGCUGCCAUUGUUUGGCAAGCGCGGGGCUGGGAUUUCCACACCAGGUGGCUGCGGCCGAUCCUUUUUGCUUCCAUUGUUUGGCAAGCCGCAGCCCGAGGCGGCCCGAGCUGCCUCCGGCCGCGAUGGGGGGGGCAGGGGCGAGCGGCGGCAAGCGGGGGCCAGAGCCACCUCGCACGCCGACGUGGUGCCCGCGUCUGGCCGGCGGGCUGUCGGAGGGAUGCAAUGUCCAGUCGAAGCCGAUGGUUAGUCGACGGCUCUCGCGUCGAGCUGGAUAUCAUUUAUCAUCACCAUCAUCAUCAUCAUCAUCACCAGGAAACGCUCUUUCUGAUACCUAUUGAAUGCCGAUCGCAUUUUGCACUCGUGACUAUGACAUCGGGAUUGCCCAGCGCUUUGGCGAAGCUGGGCUGCAGACUUGGUGCCUAAGCUCUUCUUCGUCCUCCUCCUCUUACGACUGCGGCCGUGUCGGCCGAGCACACGCGGAGGAGUGUCGCCCCAGACGUUUGAAGGCGAUCGCGGCUCUCCAGGGUGGUUUCCCGGGCAGAUCGCUCAUGUCGGCGACGCCCCCUGUAGCCGACCUGGCUGCGUAAGCACGGAAUUUCCAUACGUAACAGCCUUAGCACAGAGGUCGAAUUUUCGGCAAGCCGAUGUGAAUGUGCC